CAAUGUAGUUAUUUAGCUAAUUACAACACUAUUAAAAUCACAUAAGAUAAUUGUAUUAUUGCUUAUCUGCUUCUCUGGUAAAUAAAGGUUCUAUUUAACUUCAGUACAGUGUCUGGUUCCUAAGAAUGAGUUUGCACAAACAUUUUGUGCUAUUACGGAGAUCUACUGCAAACACAAUAUUUAGUCGAAGGAAAUCGUCCAUCCGAAUUGUGGAAGUUGGCCCACGCGAUGGCCUUCAGAAUGAACCCACAAAUAUUCCUACUAAUAUAAAAAUUGAGCUUAUUGAUAAACUAUCUGAGACUGGUUUGAAGACCAUUGAAACAACAAGCUUUGUGAGUCCAAAAUGGGUCCCGCAAAUGGCUGAUAACAGAAACGUUUUCACGAAUAUAACAAAAAGAAAGGGUGUUUCAUAUCCGGUAUUGGUGCCCAAUUUAAAAGGCCUAGAAGCAGCUAUGGAAGUUGGUGUAACUGAAGUCGCAGUCUUCCUGUCAGCGUCCGAAGGAUUUUCAAAAAAAAACAUUAAUUGUACUGUGGAUGAAAGUAUAGCAAAAACGAAAAGUGUCAUAAGCAAAGCAUUAGAAAACAAUUUAAAAGUGAGGGGGUACAUAUCGUGUGUGGUGGGAUGUCCUUAUGAUGGGUCUGUAAGACCAACCGCUGUGUCCAAAGUGGCGGACGCACUGCUGGAAUUUGGCUGUUAUGAAAUUUCGCUUGGAGAUACCAUAGGUGUUGGUACAAAAAAUACCAUUGACGCAAUGCUACGACAUGUUUUACGUCUAGUUUCUUCUGACAAACUAGCCAUUCAUUGCCAUGACACAUAUGGACAAGCUUUAACAAAUAUUUGUACUGCUCUUGACCUAGGAUUGACUGUUGUGGAUUCUUCAGUAGCGGGUCUGGGAGGAUGUCCUUAUGCUAAAGGAGCCACAGGAAAUGUAGCCACAGAAGACUUGGUUUAUAUGCUGCACGGAAUGGGCGCUGAAACGGGAGUAGAUUUGAAAACACUGAUUCAAGCAGGCAAAUUCAUUUCCGAUUUUCUUCAGAGACCUCCAGCUUCUAAAGUGAAUAAUGCCAUGUACUCAAGGUUAUAAAAUAUCGCAAUUAGUCAUCAUUAGACUAUGUUCAAUACUAAAUUUUAUAAAAUGUUCAACGAUUAAUGCUAAGAUUUAUUUACACAGAUAUUUAAAUAAAUUUCACACGACUCAUU